AUGGCUCUCCUCUCCGUGAGCGCCGGGCCCUUCCGGAGCCGAGUGCGGUGCGUCCGGACGUGGAGCCGAGACCUGUUCACUAUCCCGGCUACUUUCCACUGCUGCGGCGCCCUGGAGGCGACAUCACUAAUCCAAAGGAAACAUGCAGGGCGUUAUCAACACAGAGUCUUGCUCACUCGGUUACUCAGCUCCAACAAACCACCAAGAGGUUUUGAAAAGUUUUUUCCAAAGAGGGAAGCGAGCGCUGGCGUCAACAAAUCAGUAGAAGAUGAAAGUCCGAAAGAGCAGGAGUCUCCUGGAGGCGACUCAAACAACGAUGAUGGCGACAGACGCAGAGGUGGAAAAAAGGAAGAAUCACAUUGGUGGACCAGAUUUCAGGAUGAGUUCCCCUUGGAUAGAAAAGUGGUGCAGAACAUUGCCAUCGGUGCAGCAGGCAUGGCCUCAGCUUUACUCUACUUUCACUUCAGAGAGACGGGCGUCCAGAUCUUGUGGCAGGACUUUGUGCAUCACUACUUGAGCAGAGGCUUGGUGGAUCAUCUGGAGGUCGUCAACAAACAGUACGUCAAAGUUUAUCCUGCAGGCGGAGUCAACUCAUCAGAAGUGAGCUAUCUGUGGUUCAACAUUGGCAGUGUUGACUCGUUUGAGCAUAACUUGAAUAACGCAGAGCAGGAAAUAGGCCUGAACCCCCCCCACAGAGUACCUGUGUUCUACAGCACUGAAAGCGAUGGGAAACUUCUUGCCACCGUUCUCCCAUCUAUACUUUUGCUUGGAUUUUUGUUGUUUGCCAUGCGGCGGGGGCCCAUGGCAGGUGGAGGUGGAGGUAGGGGAGGAGCCAACCCCUUUAGCAUGAGUGAAUCCAAAGCCAAGAUAAUCACAGACAACAUCAGUGUGCGUUUCAAGGACGUUGCAGGCUGCGAAGAAGCCAAACUGGAGAUCCUGGAGUUUGUCAACUUCCUGAAGAACCCGUCUCAGUACCGGGACCUCGGAGCCAAGAUCCCAAAGGGUGCAGUGCUGUCAGGGCCACCUGGAAAUGGGAAGACGUUGCUGGCAAAGGCGACUGCAGGAGAAGCUAAUGUCCCCUUCAUCACCAUCAGCGGCUCCGAGUUCCAGGAGAUGUUUGUUGGUGUGGGCGCAGCUCGGAUAAGGGACAUGUUUGCCAAGGCUCGAAAAAACGCCCCCUGCAUCCUGUUCAUUGACGAGAUCGACGCUGUGGGCAGGAGGAGAGGGAACUCUGGUGACCAGAGCGAGCAGGAAAACACACUCAACCAGCUGCUUGUGGAAAUGGAUGGGUUCAACAGUAGCACCAACGUGGUCGUUUUGGCUGGAACCAAUCGAGCGGAUAUCCUGGAUCCAGCUCUGAUGAGGCCUGGCCGCUUUGAUCGACACGUCUACAUUGGCCCACCAGACAUUAAAGGAAGGGCUUCCAUCUUUAAAGUCCAUUUAAAACCUCUGAAGCUGGACUCCAGUAUAGAAGCAGAGGCUCUGGCCAGAAAACUGUCUGCACUAACCCCAGGUUUUACUGGGGCUGACAUCGCUAAUGUGUGUAAUGAGGCGGCUCUGAUCGCUGCACGACACCUCAACCAGCACGUCAGCACCAAGCACUUUGAACAGGCAGUUGAAAGAGUAAUUGGAGGUUCCGAGAAAAAGACUCGGACCCUGCAGCUUCCAGAGAAAACCACCGUGGCUUAUCACGAGGCGGGACAUGCUGUGACGGGCUGGUUCCUAGAACAUGCAGAGCCUCUGCUUAAGGUGUCCAUUGUCCCCAGAGGGAAAGGUGUAGGUUAUGUCCAGUAUCUGCCUCAGGAGCAGUACCUGUUCACCAAGGAGCAGCUGUUUGACAGGAUGUGCAUGAUGCUCGGGGGUCGAGUGGCCGAGCAGGUUUUCCUCCAUCAAAUCACCACCAGAGCCCACAAUGACCUCAGGAGCGCCACGCAGUCGGCCUACGCACAGGUCGUACAGUUUGGGAUGAAUGAGGCGGUGGGUCAGGUCUCCUUUGACCUCCCUCAGCAGGGCGACAUUGUUACUGAGAAACCCUUCAGUGAACCCACAGCCCAGCUCAUAGACCAGGAGGUCCGCCUGCUCAUAGAUGCGGCCUUCCAGCGAACCCUGCAGCUUGUCACUGAGAAGAAAGAAAUGGUGGAGAAGGUGGCAAAAUGUCUUCUGGAAAGAGAGAUGCUCGAUAAGGCGGACAUGUUGGAGCUGCUCGGACCUCGUCCCUUUCAGGAGAAGUCGUCGUAUGAGGAGUUUGUUGAAGGGCUGGGUGAAUCUGAAGAGGACACCUCUCUUCCUGAAGGGCUGAAGAACUGGAGCAAAAACAAAGGGAAUGAGAAACACAAUAAAUCAGCCCUUUACUUGUAG